AUGCUACUCUUGUUGUUUCAGAUCGUUGGCAUUGGCGUACUGGGCUUCUCCAUCUAUUGCUACAUGGAACCACAGGUGCAGCAAACAGUUGAGGCUUCAGGAUUCACUGGCAUCAUGCAGAACCUCAUCUACGCCCUCAUUUGUGUCGGCUCCCUUACUAUAAUCGUGGCUUUAUUCGGUUGUUGCGGUGCCUACCACGAAUCUGCUUGCCUCAUCGGCACCUACUUUGCCUGCCUCGUUAUCAUCCUCUGUGUGGAAGUCGCAGUUGGCGUGCUGGGUUUCAUCUACCGUGAUCAGACUGAGGAGCGUAUUGUCAAAGCAAUGCACAACGUCAUCAGCAGUUGGUUCCAGGAGACUGCCACCGGUGAAGCUGAGGCCCAGAAGAUAGCCAAUCGCGACUUCAUACAGUCAGUGGUGAGCCAUCUUACCUACAUUAUGUAG